CUACUAUCAGAGCUAUCCAUAUCUAAAAGGAAAAGAGAUAAUUUUAGACCGAAAUAUACAGCAAUAUAUAUAUAUAUAUCCCACUGUAAUAAAUUAAUCUAUAACUCUUGAAUUUCUAUAUAUACAUAUGCAGAGGAAAAUGGAGAUGGAUUGGGCAUGUGUUGAGGAGACCGACGAAUGACAUCACGCUCAAUGCAGGCCAUCGAUCGAGCGGAGCCAAAAUUGGAAAAGAUGAGUGGGGCGUCCCCGGGUGACAUGGGGGAGAUUGUUAGGAGCAGACGAAAGACCACGGACAAACGUGGGGCCGUCUUGAGAGGACCACAGAAAAUAGGACAAAAUGGAGAAGAGUUGUUGAAGCCUCCUGGCAUUCCACUCGCAACCCAAGGGAACAAUAGUGAAAAUGAUACGUAAAUAAUACACACCCACACAUAAUUAUAUAUGCAUAACGCAGCCAUUUUCGGGUGCCUUAAUCUCAGUUAAUCUGAAUAAUCAGCAUAAAAACAACAGGAAUGCAUAGUGUUCAUGGUAGUAGCCGGCUAUUCGUUUACUUCUACAGGCGUUGACAACAGUCUG